UCUCACCACUCUCUAUCUCUCUCUGCGUGUCACUUUCUCUGUCUAUUUCUCUCUCUCUCUCAAAUUAAGAAGGUGGUUCUUGCAAAGUGUAAACCCAACUCCAGAGUCCAAUCUCUCUCUCUCUGGACAAUAUACAGAUAUAUACACCAUAAAUCUCAGUAGGGAGGUGCAACCCAGGUGCCGACAAUUAGGGAUGAUGAAGUCACCUAAUUUUGUACCAGUAGCUGAUCCAAGAAGUAGGAGAUCAUGUCGCUGCAGCCUUUUUACCACAGCUUCUCUAUCUUUUAUAGUUUUAUUCAUCUGGGCAAUCAUUACACAAGAUCAUAAAGAGAAUUUGUUGAGAUUGAGGUCUGAGGAAAGUAUGCAAGAUUCAAUAUUAAACAAAUGCGAGAAUGGUUGCAGGCCUCCUGGAAGUGAGUCAUUACCUAAAGGUAUUGUCUCCAUGACUUCUAACUUGGAAAUGCGACCGCUAUGGGGCUCUCCGAAGAGGAAUGUCAAGUCUUCAACAAACUUAUUCUGUGUCGCUGUUGGAAUAAGGCAAAAAGAAAGGGUAGAUAAGAUGGUUAGAAAGUUUCUAUCGAGCAAUUUUGUUGUGAUGCUUUUCCAUUAUGACGGCAUUGUUGAUGAAUGGAAGGAUUUAGAUUGGAGUGAUCGUGUUAUACAUGUAUCAGCAAUCAAUCAGACUAAAUGGUGGUUCGCCAAGCGAUUCUUACAUCCAGAUAUAGUCGCAGAGUAUAGCUACAUUUUCGUCUGGGAUGAAGACCUUGGGGUUGCAAAUUUCCACCCCAAACGGUAUAUAUCAAUCGUGGAAGAUGAAGGGCUUGAGAUAUCACAGCCAGCGCUUGAUCUUGCCAAAUCGGAGGUGCAUCAUCAGAUUACCAUACGCUCGAGGAAUUCAAAAGUUCACAGGAGGAUUUACAAGUCUGGGGAUAGUGGGAAUGGAUGUGAUGGCAACAGCACAACUCCUCCAUGCACAGGAUGGAUAGAAGUAAUGGCCCCCGUGUUCUCAAGAGCUGCCUGGCGCUGUGUAUGGUUUAUGAUCCAGAAUGACUUGAUCCAUGCGUGGGGCCUAGAUAUACGGCUUGGUUAUUGUGCACAGGGUGAUCGAACUGAAAACAUUGGAAUAGUGGACUCUGAGUACAUUGUUCAUUAUGGUCUCCCUACACUUGGAGACACGGAUGAGAAGGCAUCAUACAAGUCUUAUGAGAGUAAUGCUAGAAUUGAAGUGAGAAGGCAGUCCUAUAGUGAAUUCCAGGUAUUCAAAAAGCGAUGGAAGAAUGCUGUUGACCAAGAUGAAUGUUGGAAUGAUCCAUUUCCGGAGCCGGUAAAGUAGAUCAUCUAAUAUUAUUUAAGCAGCUUUCUGAAGCUGGUAUGGCAUAUGUAAAAUAUAAAAAAAAAUAAAUAAAUAAAAAGCAUCGAAGAUGCAAACAUACAAAAGGAGAGACGGGAAGAGGGUGGCAAUUGAUGAUGAGUUUGGAGUUAUGUCUCGAGCCAUGCAAUAUUCAUAGGGCACAGCUUCAGGAAAAAAGCGGUACAGAAUUCUUUACAGGAUGAACAAGUUCAAAGGUUAUGCUCCUCGGUUAUUUGAUUUGUGAUUAUGUCAUUCAGUUUUCAGGAUAAAACAUUAUUUAGUCAGCUGUACAUAUGAACAAAAUAUAGCUGGAUUUUUUUUUUUUUUUUUUUUUGAGAGUUGAGGAAAUAGUUAUAUGUUUAGCAGAGAAUUUGAUUGAGAUUUAUGCCCAUCUAUUUUUUAAGUUAAUGAAUUUUUGGAAUUUUCUGUUCUGGUUGAAA